AUGUCCGCUCUCCUCACCACCGUCCUCCUCGCCCUCGCCCUCGCCCUCCCCUUCACCCACGCCGCGCCCACCAACCUCCACGCCCGCACCGCCGGCGACCUGACGUGGUACAACCCGAGCGCCGGCACGGGAGCUUGCGGGCAGACUUACAGCGACUCCAACCUUGUCGUCGCCGUGUCGGCGCCGCUCUACGACUCCCUCAAGCCCUGCGGCCGCUCCAUCCGCGUCGCCGGGCCCGCCGGCACCGUCGAGGUUACCGUCGUCGACCGGUGCGGCGGCUGCGCCUACCAUGACCUCGACCUCUCGCCCGCCGCCUUUAAGAAGGCGGUGGGGGAUUUGGGGGUUGGGCGUACGUCGGCCGCUUGGGAGUGGGUGUAG